AUGCCGAGUCUUAAAUCUUUUAGCGGUAUCGCAGGCAGGACUAUCCCCAGUCUCUUUGAAAUACGCCUCGACAAUGAAACUGUAGUUCUGCGAGGGGUCGAGAGCGAGGCCUCUAGCCAGCUCCUUCGAGGUGUGGUUGUGCUAUGUCUACCUGGAGCGCUGGAAGUUGAGGGUGUGUGGCUGCGAAUGGCAGACCUAACUCCUUGCAGAUGGAAUGAUAGAGUGGCAGGUGCUUGGAACCCCUCGCGGUGGAUAGAGAGGUCGACAGAGAUAUUUCAUCACACCUGGCCCUCUUUCGUCGGUGGUGGGAACACUGGCUCGCCCGCCAAGGGUAUUCUUCUGCCACCGGAAAAUUACGAAUGGCCGUUCGAGCUUGUGAUUGAUGGGUCAAUACCGGAGACAAUUGAAGGGUUGACGAGCAGCUACCUUACGUACAAGCUAGAAGCCACGAUUUCGAGGGGAAGGAUGGGAUGCGACUUACAUACACACAAGCCUGUACGGAUUGUUCGAACACUCGGGCCGGCUUCUCUAGAGCUGGCACAUCCUAUGACAAUUGAAUGUCUGUGGUCGGACAAUGUCGAGUGUCAGAUGACUAUUCCUCAGAAAGGGGUUAUAUUCGGGACGGAAAUAACGAUGCAGAUGACGAUCACUCCUCUGUUGAAGGGCCUCAAAAUAGGCACAGCGCGGUGCGAGCUAUUCGAAUAUCAAGAGUUCACUCUGCUAGAGGCUGCUGAUCCUCGCCUUCUACGCGUCCGGGUUGUGGAUUCGUGGGUGUUUGAACCAAACGACGAAGACGAUAUGCUCCGCGAGCAGUGCCAGGACAGAUAUCUGCUAGAGAGGAUGCUGCUGCUACCAAAACGAUUAAGCAAGUGUAUGCCAGAUACGGACGCUUGUAGGAUUAAAGUGCGGCAUAGAGUUCGGGCUAGCCUCACCAUACACAACCCUGAUGGGCGUAUUUCAGAGUUCCGUGCAUCGCUUCCCAUCACAAUAUUUAUCUCGCCCGACAUGCUCCCUGACGCCAACGGUCGUGUUCACGCAGCCUGCCAGGGACCUCCUCGGUUGGACACGGUUCUGCACGCACCACCUCCGUAUGAAAAACACCUCCUCGAUCAGCCAUAUAUGGAUCGUCGACCACUCCGUGCGGCUUCGAUGCCGCAGUCGAGGACGAGCACUCCCAUUUAUAACUGUCCCCGGUCGCUCUCGUCUGACAAUUUAACACGGCCUGAUGCGAUUGUUCGUUUACGUGGCAUCCGCACCGCAGACUUAUCAGAAAGACUUCAGGGCCUCCACCCUACAAGUCAAACCUUUUCAAGGCUUUUCAGCGAGGGUUCUCGGAGAAGGACGCUCUGCCAGAAUGUCGGUUCUUACAACAUCCAUACCAGAAAUACGGCCGAGGACAUUACACUCGGCACAAACCUCGAGAACGUGGACUAUUAUGAUCUGAAUGACCUGAGCAGUGUCCCUCCGUAUUCAGCAGCUGUUCGCGCACCUAUCCCAAUGGCAAAUUAUCAUGAGGCUCUACCUAGCUACGGAACUGCAGUUUCUGUCCCAGAAGAUCAAAUUUGACGUCUGUACUGAUCUCAGUCCAUACAAUCAUGGAGAAAUGCUGGGAGUUCAUAGGGGUAGGAGAAAUCACGGUGGUGGCUUAGCUGAAGUAUGUCUUUGGUCAUAUCGUAUGGUACAUUAUGUGGGGUUGGUUCUUAUCACGCGGGAUGUGCAUCAUGCGGAGAAGGAGUAUGUGGCAGUGCUCAUACACACUAUGAAUGAGAGGUAUAGUGUUAUAGAGAAGGAAUAUAUAUGGAGUGCCUUUUGUCC